AUGGCCACCUCUUCUUCUCCAUGGGAGACGCUGACGGCUGAGGAAGUUUUACGGCGUCUUGCCGCACUCGCCACCUCAGCGUCGCCAGUUUUUGAGUUGGGGCGCUGUUUUAGUCGCGACGCCGUCUUCUCCACCGGCAGUGCGGCGAUUGACCAACUGCUGCCAGACGGCGGGGUGGCAUGCGGGACGGUGCUGGAGAUAUUUGGCCCGCCGGCAGCAGGCAAGUCGCAGCUUGUGCAGCGAAUGGUGUCAGCCUUCGCUGUGCGAGGGAGUGUGGAGUGGACAGCGAUGAUGAGGACGUCGGUCGUGGGGGAGAAUGUUGAUCACCAACUGUCCCAGGAGGAGGAGGAGAUGAUGUUAGUGAAGGCUGAGGCAUCAACGUCUGCGCCACAUGAUUGGUCCGUGUAUUUUCUUUUUUCAGAUCCAUCAGCCGUCAGUCCAUGUUGCCUUCGUGACCUUCUAAAGACGUCUCUUGCGUCUGCAUUGGCAAACAGCGUGCGGUGCGGUCACGACGCCGAUACCCUUUUGCUAAUGAUGUUGAAAAAGGUGAAACUUGUACCUUUUGCGUCACCAAAUGACCUGCUGGUCUUUUUUCGCUUUCUCAGCCGUGUGGAGUAUGUCGAAUCGCGCCACCAUGCGAACCGACGUCGUGUGCUGAUUGUUGUCGAUAAUGUGGCACGUCUCUGGGACCAUCCUAUGUGUGGGACGACAAAUCAUGCACGUCAUUGGAUGGCGGCUGCGCUUGUACGGGAGGUGCGAAAUGCAAUUCUGAAUGGUAAUGGCUGGAGGAAUGCGGCGAGCAGCAAUCUGGAUGAGUAUGAGCAUCAUUACUGCUCGCAUGACGCGGACGUCAGUAGUCAAGACAUUUUUGUUACUUCCUGUGGGGGGAGCGUGGCGGUGGUUUUUGUGAAUGGGUGCACAAGCUUGUACAACCAACACUCAGCAGCUGCGACAGCGCUGCCACCAAAGCCAUUGGGUGUUCCUGUGUGGUGGGCGGCGGUGGCCGAUGUUCGUUUAUAUGUGGAGCCUCUAUCAAAUGCGGAUGUGUUUACGCUGCAUGGUAAGAGCAAUGACGGUGUGUGUGGUACGCAGCAAAGGGUGUGUGCCACGAGGGCAACGAUGCGAGUCCGCCUCGUGAAGGGUGGUUGCAUGGUUGGUGCUGAAACCACAGCGGUGUGA